AUGGCUGUACCGGCGCACCUUCACGCACUUCCGCCGCUACCCUAUCCUUCCGCACUCACAUUCCCAUCGCGCACGUCGCGCGCACUGGGCGCGCCGCAAUGCACUCUGCCUCUUAGACGACGGGUGCACGACUUUCUCAGCGGCGAGCCUGCGCGUACAGCAGGGAGCAUCCAUGGAGAAUGGAAUAGAUCCGCGCAGCGAGGAUUCCGGGAAGGAGGGCGACGCGCCGGCAGUAGGGAGUCAAUUGUCGCUGCGAUUGGGGGAUCUAGUGGGGGGACUGCAGCGCCGUCGCGUGGACAAGGGAGCGGCGUCCCGCAAGCCAAUCACACGUCGAGCUCAUCCGACUCGGACUCUGACACUUCUCCUGCCCGUCAAUCCUCCUCACUCUCCGCCUCCGCCGCCUCCUCCGCAUCCGCAGCUGCCGCCAAUUCCGCCUCCGCGCGCCACCGGCUCCGCGGGUUGCGCGCCGAUGACAUCCGCCACCCGCUGGACCGCCAGAACACCGCGCUCCUGCGCGCAAUUCCCGGGUUAAACGACCUCGGCCGCGUGCUCUUAGGCCCGGUACAGGAGCAGAUUCUCGUGCUGGAAAAUCUCGGGUCGGGAGUGCUCGUUUCCCCGCAGCAGCUGCCGUCCCUCCACGCGCUAAUGGAAGAAGCGGCCGCCGCGCUCGACAUGCCGUCGCCGCCGGACCUAUAUGUGCGGCAGAGCCCCGUUCCUAACGCGUACACGCUCGCGAUCAACGGCCAGAAGCCGUUUGUGGUGGUUCAUACAGCGCUACUAGACCUCCUCUCGCCGAUCGAAGUCCAGGCCGUGCUCGCGCACGAGUUAGGGCACUUAAAGUGCGAGCACGGGCUCUGGCUCACCUUCGCGAAUCUCCUCGCGCUCGGCGCCGCGAGCUCGCUGCCGGGAUUCCUCGGCACGAUGCUCGCGCGCGGGCUGGAAGACCAGCUGCUGCGGUGGCUGCGCGCGGCGGAGCUGACGUGCGACCGCGCGGCGCUGGUCGUCGUGCGCGAUCCCCGCGUGGUCGUAUCCGUACUGAUGAAGCUCGCGGGCGGAAGCACUAGCGGAGGCGGAAGCGGAUGGGGUGUGGGGCGCGCGGGGGGAGGCCCCGGGGGAAAUGACUGGGGCUGGUCGGGGAUGGGGGGAGCCAGGGCGGGGUCGUCCGCGGGGGCUGCUGGCGCAGGGGGGAAUGAGGGCGGGGGUAGCAGGGGUAGCUGGUGGGCAGAAGAAUUGAGUGUUGACGCUUUUUUGGCGCAAGCGAGGUCUUAUGACGAGGCUGCAAAUAGCGGGCCACUAUCGUGGUACCUACGGAAUGCGCAGACGCGACAGCUGGCGCACCCGUUGCCCGUCCUGCGCGCUAGAGAGGUGGACCGAUGGGCUAGAAGCCCGGAGUUUAAGGUGCUGAUGGGGCGAGGUAAUGUUCCAUCAGCAGGUAUGGUGGGGGCAGCCAAAGGGGCAGGCGCUGGUGGUGGAAGAACUGCUGGGAGCAGUGAGGAAGCUUCUGGGAAUGGCAUGUCUGGCUCUGCUAGGAAGGACAGUGGAAGAACGAUGGAAUCCCGCUGCGUCGUCAUGGCAUCCAUCGCCGCCACAGCCCUAGCGCCGACUGCGCGGCUCGCCACCCCUCCCUCCGCUUCCGCGGCUUCUGAUGCUUCUUCCGCCGGCGCGACCCCUCUUCUUCCGCUCCGCUCCGGAUCAUCCGGUCGUCCACUCUCCCGCCAGAGCGCAGCGUUCUCCGCGCCUUCUCUCGGAGAAUUCGCGCAACCUUCCGCCGCUUCCGCGCGGGGGCGUCGAGGCGCAGUGCUUGUUCGGGCUGAGUCGGUGGAAGCCAAAGUGGCAAGAGAAGAGACACAACCUGGCGCGGCAGCGUCUGCAUAUUCAGAUUCCGAGGGCGAAGACGCCUCCGCUCCGCGUCUCACGGUGGCGCAGAAGCUGCAGCUGCAGAUGUCCUCCCCGACCUCCCUUCCCGACGGCACCACCAUCCCGCUCCCCAUCGGCGGGCGGCGGCGCGUGCUCUCCGCCUCGUACCCGCUCGCGGCUUGGACGCCCGCGCAGAAGCGCAACCUGGCGCGCGCAACGCUGCUCAGCAAGGUGGGGGAGCGGAACGACUCGCCGCUCUUCGCCACAAUCGGCGCGCUUGUUCUCGGCCCCCCAGUCGUCAUCCUAGCCGUCGCUUUUUUCUCCGGAUACGUCGACUUUCUGGGCUGA